CACAAGUUGACCAGAUUUGAAAUAGAGAAACCAGCGGAGGUGAAAUAGAGUCCAUAGGGAGUGAGAGAUGCAUGACGAGGAAUCGCGCCGUCGUCGUCGUCGUGUGGUGGGAUUUAUUGUGCAGUCCACUCACGAACUGCAAGUCCCUCCGAUUGUCAAGUACUCCGCGCUUUGUCUUUUCACUGACCGAUUUUACCCCACUAUCUCCCGAAAGGGCCUGGACAAAGUACACUGGCUUUUGGAUCCGACAAGUGAAAGCAAUCUUCAGUUAUUUGCUCUUGCUUCUAUAUGGAUCUCUAGCAAAAUUCACUCAUCUCCUCCUCUUUCUUUCAAGAGACUGAAGUCAUUGGGAGACAAGAGUAUUUCUGAGCAACAUUUUACAACAAGAGACUUCUUAGAUGCAGUAAGCUAGCUAUUUUUUAUAAGGUUUCAAGGGUGUAUAAUUCCAUUUUCUAAUUCUCCAGGUGGUGAUAAGCUACUUUGCAGGAGCUAUUGCUAAUGCAGGCAUUGAAAUAUGAGAUUGGCGUGUCAUGCAUUGCCUACGUAUUCCUUGAGGAUCUCAUUAUUCAAUUGAAGGAUGUUGCACGGGUGGGUGAACAUGUGAGCUAUGAAGCUUGCAUGGAUAUCAUGGACCUACUCUAUGAAACGGAGGAGACUUCGGUUCUUUUCACUACUUCGAAAUGUUUAGCAGCAUCUAUAUUGGCUGCUACAUAUGUGAUCACAGUUCCUGUACAACGAUGGGAGUUCCCUAUUCUUCCUUGGGUUGUGUUUGUCACUUCAUGCAAAGAGCAGGAGAUUGUGAAUAUAGUCAAAGUUAUUCUAAGCCAUGUUUUUGAAUCGGGCCCACGGCUUUGAUUUGGAAGUAUCUUUCGCUCUUUAUAUCUUUCUGAAGAUCAAGCACAAGGAUGCGACCCCAAUCACACGCUUAGUCAAAGGUCAACAAACGCAGCCAUACGUUGCACCGUCCUUAAAAAAUUGUUUCAGAUCGUCUCCAUGGAUAUUUAUGAUAUGUUUCUUUUGCAAAUGGGGACAUCGCUUGAUAUGUUUAGUAUUGUCAAACUUGCUUUUGAAAACUUGCUUCCAAAUUUAAAACUAAUAAUUUACC